AGCCGGAGGUGGGCGGGCGGCGGCCAGCGGGUUAGGCUGAGCCUCGCGAGCGAGGGGAGUUGAGCGGAGUUUUGUCUGUUUUUUCGGGGGGUGCCGUCGUUUAUGUGUAUUUAUUUUACCUCCGCAGUAUUCUCCCCUGCGUCGUACCGCUUCGUUUCUCAAGGUUAACUGGAAGACGCCGAGGACGAAAAGUGGGGAGAAAGAGGAAAACUGAAGGAGCCGCAGGGAGGGAAUUUGAAAUUAACCAUUUAAAACCGCCCGUAAUAAUUCUUCAUGGCUUCUCCCGAGCUGCUACAGAGAUACCGCACUUAGUUGGUGGUUCCGAAGAGGAAGCUGAAACUCGUGUUUUUUUUAUUUUUUUAUCCCAUAUUAUAGAUUCGUCUAUAUAUAUAUAGUAGAUUUGGGUGACCUGCCUGUGCGUUUAAUGGUUAACAUUUAAAACUCGAAUGUUAGUACGCCGAUUUCUGAUUCUGGUCAAGAAAAAUAAAACAGGUCUCCGUGUCCUUUGUUUUGAACCCCCGAUUUGAAUCUUUACAUUUUUUGCUGUUAGUGUUUGUUUUGGGUUUUUUUUACCCUCCCCCUUCCCCCCUUGCGGUCGAAUGGCUCCGCAGAAGCACAGCUCUGCAGGCGGCGGUUCGGGCUCGGGUUCGGGCUCGGCUCCCGGUCUGGGCUCCGGUACCGGCGGCAAGGCGAACGGCGGAGUCUACCCUCCCUCCGCCGCGAUGGCCGCGGUGAAGAGGCCGAAAAUAGACCAGCUGCAAGCCGACCAUGAGCUGUUCCUGCAGGCCUUCGAGAAGCCGACUCAGAUAUACCGGUUCCUUCGCACGAGGAACCUCAUUGCGCCCAUAUUCCUGCACAGGACCCUCACCUACAUGUCCCACCGGAACUCCAGAACAAACGCCAGAAGGAGGUCUUUCAAAGUGGAUGACAUGCUGAUCAAAGUGGAAAAAAUGAAGGGAGAACAGGAAUCUCACAGCUUGGCUUCACACCUGCAGCUCACAUUUACUGGUUUCUUCCAUAAAAAUGAAAAGCCAUCACAGAACUCUGAGAACGAACAAAAUUCUGUGUCUUUAGAGGUGCUACUCGUUAAAGUCUGCCAUAAAAAGCGAAAGGAUGUUAGUUGCCCAGUGAAGCAGGUGCCGACGGGUAAAAAGCAAGUGCCUCUGAACCCCGACAGCAGCAGCAACAGCGGUGGCGGCGGUGGCGGAGUUGGCCAGACGAAGCCUGGCAGCUUCCCCUCUCUGGCCGUGUCCAGCAACGAGUUUGAGCCCAGCAACAGCCACAUGGUCAAGUCCUACUCCCUGCUCUUCAGGGUCACCCGGCCGGGGCGCAGGGAGGUCAACGGGGAGGCCAACGAGAACAUUGAUGUUAUAGAAGAACUUCCGGCCAGGAAGAAGAGGACCUCUUCCCACCGUGAGGAUGGGGAAACGACUUUUGUGGCACAGAUGACGGUGUUCGAUAAGAACAGGCGCCUGCAGCUGCUGGACGGAGAAUAUGAAGUGUCAAUGCAGGAGAUGGAAGAAUGUCCAGUCAGCAAGAAGAGAGCAACAUGGGAGACCAUCCUGGAUGGGAAGAGGCUGCCACCGUUCGAGACGUUCUCUCAGGGACCCACGCUCCAGUUCACGCUGCGCUGGACAGGGGACACUAAUGACAAAUCCACCGCCCCCGUCGCCAAACCCUUGGCCACCCGCAACUCGGACACCACCGCUGUGGAGAGCAGGCCCAGCUCCCUGAAGCCAGCUCAGACAGUAGCUGUUAAAGAUUCCAUUAAUACGGAACUGCAGGCAAGAAGAGAGCAGAUUACAUAUGAGCCUCGUCAGAAACUACGAAUAUUUUACCAGUUCCUUUACAACAACAACACCAGACAGCAGACGGAGGCCCGCGAUGACCUGCACUGCCCCUGGUGCACGCUGAACUGCCGCAGGCUCUACAGCCUUCUCAAACACCUCAAGCUCUCCCACAGCCGCUUCAUCUUCAACUACGUGCCUCACCCCAAAGGUGCUAGGAUAGACGUGUCUAUCAACGAGUGCUACGAUGGAUCCUACGUGGGAAACCCGCAGGAUAUCCACAGCCAGCCGGGGUUCGCCUUCAGCCGGAACGGGCCGGUGAAGAGGACCCCCGUCACCCACAUCCUCGUCUGCAGGCCAAAGCGCACAAAGCCCAGCCUGUCGGAGUUCCUGGAGUCGGAGGACGGCGAGCUGGAGCAGCAGCGCACCUACAUCAGCGGCCACAACCGGCUGUACUUCCACAGCGACAGCUGCCUGCCGCUGCGGCCGCAGGAGAUGGACGUGGACAGCGAGGACGAGAAGGACCCCGAGUGGCUGCGGGAGAAGACCAUCACGCAAAUAGAGGAGUUUACAGAUGUGAAUGAAGGAGAAAAAGAAGUCAUGAAACUCUGGAACCUUCAUGUGAUGAAGCAUGGGUUCAUUGCAGACAAUCAGAUGAAUCAAGCCUGCAUGCUGUUUGUUGAGAAGUGUGGGAUGCAGAUCACCGAGAAGAACUUGUGCCGGAACUUUCUCCUGCACCUCGUCAGCAUGCAUGACUUUAACCUGGUCAGUAUAGUCACCAUCGACAAGGCGAUGGCCAAGCUGAGGGAGAUCCAGCAGAGGCUAGAGAGGGAUGUGGAUAUGGGUGACAAGGCCGGCAGCCAGCCGCCCUCCGUCGAGGAGCGGAACGGGGAGAACGGCCUUGAGGCCCCCUCGAGCGACCGGAGCCCCGAGCCCGACAGCGGCGCUGCUUUGGGAGCCCCCAGACACAACAAAAGGCAGAAACUCUGAAGCCGGAGCUCUUUACGGACUGAAGCGGACUGGGGCUGUGAGGGGUGGUCCGGGGUGGGGUGGGGCGGGGGCAGCAAAAGAAAAUCUUGUUCAAAAUUGAAAUGAAAAAGAAAAAUAGAUUCCAAACAGGCACUGGGUACCAAGUAAUCAAACCAGUGUUGGGCUGUGGAGCUAAAUUAGAAGGCGGCGAUCCAUUCUAGAGAUCUUUUAAAAUACAAGUAAGAGUUUGUGGUCCAUUUGAAUAUCACUACACUAAACCAUUUGGGAAUUAUAACCUUUUGCUUCUGAUUUUUUAUGUACAUUUCUUUGUCAGAUUAGUUAACGUAUAUUGCAGUAUAACGAUCAUGUAAUCUGGCAUAAUGAGGCUUAAAAGAGAAAUAUCACGAUGAUCAGCAGUAUUCGUGUCCAUCCUUUUGUGUCUACUGUGACAGCCCUGUAAUCUGUUAAAUGUAUUUUAGCACUUGUCUUGUUCUGGGUGCCUGUUUGGAAAAACUUUAUUUACUUUUUAAUAUAUUUUGAAUAGAAAAAAAAAACAUUCAAAGAUUUUUUUUCCCGACUCUUGCUGGCAUUUUUUUGUUUUGGAUGCAUUAGUUGUCCGGUGCAACUGGUUGUCUGAAAACUUGAACAUAAAGCAUCGUUUUUUGUUUUUGUUUUUUUCCGUAAGAUGUAAACCUUUUACCAUUCUGCUGAAAGGCAGGCAGGUAGGUCUGUACACAGGUGUUCCUAAGAGUAAUAUGACCCAAAGCCCUGCCUUUUGAGAAGAGCGUGCCUGUGGAUCAGCCACUUUUCUGAGGGGGAAAAAAGAUGCACUGCAGAACUGGACCAGAAAAUAUUGUCACUCUAUAUGCAAGUAUUCUGAUGUGGUCUGUCCGUGGUAACAGGGUAUUUAUUGCAGACACUAACGGAAAACAAGGAUUCUGGCAGUAUUUCACUGCAUGCAGGAACUUGCUUAUUACUCAUGCAAUUGUUUACAGAUUUUUUUUUUCCAAUGGAAACGUGGUUUUUACUACUAGUGCCGUAUCAGUGGAGCAGGCUCAGUCCUGGUGAGCACUGAGGUCCAGUGACAAUGACAAUAUCACCUCAUAGCUUUUUUUUAAUGUACUGCCAUAGAUUACAUUUUUCAUAUUUAAAAAGUUUUUUUUUUUAUUGCUGCUCUUAUGGUGUUUUAAAUGUUUCUUAAUUCAUUCCUUCUUGUAAUAGCUGGGAGCUGACCCCUUUUUUGGAGACUUUUGGGACACCUCAAUGAACUCUAAAAAAACCAAUGUGAAUUUUACUGUCCUGCUCUGUUUGUAAAGAGCAUUCAUUACUCACGUCUGUUUGUAAAGAGAUUUACUCCUGAAUGACAUACAGUGCAAAACAAUGGCAUUUCUGUUUGCCAUAGUUUUCAGCUCUUCAUUAAGUAUAUUUAAAUGUAUUUUCAGUGAUUUUUUUGAGUUUACAGGAAAGACUUUGUAAAAAGGGGUGAUCUACAGCUCUUUUAGGAACAUUAAUUCGCCAGCUGAAAGGGUGUGUCUUUCUGUGAAGUCCUUUGGGUUGUGCUUUGAGGGACAAACAAUGAAAGCUUUUCUCAACUGUUGCUUUAAUUUGCUAAAGCUGUGCACAUAUGUAUGAAAAACAUAGCUUGGUUUGGGGAGACUUGUAGUUUCAGGAUUUUGCUCUCAUUUCUUAAGCAAGCUUGACUAUGCUUCUACUGCUUAAAAAGGAAGACUGGCAUUGUUUUGCACAAGUGUUUUUUUUCUGGUGGCCCCAAGAAGAGGAAAAAAAAAAGAAUUUAAAAAUAUAAAAAAUCAAAACUACAUUGUUAAACCAUCAUGUUAAAGUUGUGAAUUUUGUAAUAAAGGAGUUAUAGAAAAUGUUGGAUGUUUUCUAUUUAAAAUAAAAUAAUUUUUACCAUUGUCA